UAUUGCAGAGGAGUGUCACUACCAAUCCGAGAGGAAGGUGUGUGUGUGUCCGGUGUGUGGCAUGAAGGAGAAGUCCGUCUCUACUGUAGUUGCUUGAUACAGAAAUGACUAAACACACUCCGUCACACUUCACGAACACAAGAUAGCGAGACAGCGACGUUAAACCGACGGGUAUUCACCGUUGUUACCUCCAUUAGUAUGUUGUCGGUGGGAAUGGCUCGGCCGCAGCCAAAGUAUCCCCUUUAACCUGCUUUUACUGCGUCAGUGACCGCGAUGCGUUUCAACGAGAAGGAGCUGGUGUCCCUGAGCCGCCAGCCCUCAGAGAGGGCAGCCGAGCUGGGGAUGCGAGGACCCAAGAAAGGAGAAGUUGUAAAGAAGAGGUUGGUGAAACUCGUCGUUAACUUCCUCUUUUACUUCAGAACUGAUGAGGAGGAGCCAAUUGGAGCUUUGCUGCUGGAGCAGUGUCGGGUGGAGAGGGAGGACAGUCAGAGCUUCUCUAUUGCAUUUCUGGAUGAAGCAGAGAGGAAGUAUCUAUUCGAGUGUGACUCAGAAGAGCAGUGUGGGGAGUGGGUGGACUCCAUUAUCAAGGCCAGUUACGAGUUCAUGAGGAAGAACCUGAUAUUCUAUCGAACUGAAAUCCACCGGCUCACCGGCAAGGACCCCUUGGAGCAGUACGGUAUAUCGGACGAAACUCGCUUCCAGGUCAACAACGGCCUGCAACUCCUGCCGAGGGACACUUCCUCCCUGUAGACCAGCGACCGGUGUCCAGAUGGACAUUUCUCUUUUCAUUUUAGUUCACCCUGCCAUUCCAACAAUCUCUCCUCCCUGGUUUUGAGAGCCAUGGCAUUACCAUAAGCACACAUGCUUUUUAGAUCUUCACUGCUCUGAAUGUAUUUAGUGUGUCUCCAGACUUACAGAGACAUUGUUAUGCACAUGUUAUAGCUCAGUAUCUGCGGCAAAGCUCAAUCAUUACAGGUAACACAGGACUGUUGAACUUGACAUUUUCUUAUUUUCGGUUUAGGGGAUUUUUCAUGUAAUUUUCCGUAUCAUUUUCGGACCUUUUCUCAGUUACUUGGUUGUCAGUUUAAAACAUGUUUUAUACUGGACAUACUGUCCUGUUAGUGUGAUUUGAGAGGAUCUUAAUGUAAUUGUGCUGUAGAGCUGCGGCUGUGACUUUCUUUGAGGACUGUUCGUAAUAUGAGCGAGUAAAUGUAAAAGCUGUUUGAAGAAGCGUAUGAUCAUUGCCCAAUUCAGAAAAAAACGUAAGCAGUAUUUGAACUGCAUGGGCCCUUCGAUCUGCUGAGUUGAGCCACACAAUUUACUCCAGUUUUGCUUAAAAGAAAUAUUUUUUUUUAGCUAUCCCAAUAUAUAUUUAUCAUCUAGCCCAUUUAGACUAUUUACUUUUAAAAACUAUACUUUUGCACAUAUUGUUGGGUUUCUUUUUUAGAAUUUCAGUACUGUACUUGAAUCUACUGUAUGUUUUCUGUGGCACUUUGAAUGAGAUUCCUCUAGGUAAGCUGUUGGACCCGGCUCUUGACGUGGUUUUAAUAUCUCACCAACUACUUUGUCAGUUCACUAGCAGUCCAGAGUUCACAAACAGGAUAUGUUGUUGAAUGUGUCUUUAUUUUUAAGCUUUUGCACAUUUAAUGUGUUUAGUCUGUUUUUACUUCAUGUUAGAUUAUAUGUGUUUCACUUACAUCUCUUUUUUUUACUAAUAAAGCCAUUUGAAAGAUACUGCAAA